AUGACAGCGCACCAAAAUGGCACCAUCUUCACUGGGGCUUCAGAGUUUCUCCUGAAUUGUUUUGUCAGGCCCCCCACUUGGCAGCUCUGGUUAUCCCUGCCCCUCAGCCUCUUGUUCCUCGUGGCCAUGGGGGCCAAUGGUGUUCUCCUGAUCACCAUCUGGCUGGAGGCCUCUCUACACCAGCCCAUGUACUACCUGCUCAGCCUCCUCUCCCUCCUGGACAUUGUUCUCUGCCUCACUGUCAUCCCCAAGGUCCUGGCCAUCUUUUGGUUUGACCUCAAGUCCAUCAGCUUUGAUGCCUGCUUCUUACAGAUGUUCAUCAUGAAUUUCUUCUAUGCCAUGGAGUCCUGCACAUUCAUGGUCAUGGCCUAUGACCGCUAUGUGGCCAUCUGCCACCCACUGAGGUACCCAUCCAUCAUCACAGAACAAUUUGUAGCUAAGGCUGCUGCCUUUAUUUUGGCCAGGAAUGCUAUUUCUACAUUGCCUAUCCCCAUUCUAUCAUCCAGACUCCAUUACUGUGGGGGAAAUGUCAUUGAGAAUUGCAUCUGUGCCAAUAUGUCUGUCUCCAAGCUCUCCUGUGAUGAUGUCACCAUCAAUCGCCUCUACCAGUUUGCUGCAGGCUGGACACUGCUAGGAUCUGACCUCGUCCUCAUCUUCAUCUCUUACAGCCUCAUACUUCAAACUGUGAUGGGAUUAAAGGCGGAGGGUGCUAUGGCCAAAGCCCUGAGCACAUGUGGUUCUCACUUCAUCCUUAUCCUCUUCUUCAGCACCGUCCUUCUGGUCUUUGUGCUCACUCAUGUGGUGACAAAGAAGGUCUCUCCUGAUGUUCCAGUCUUGCUCAAUGUCCUCCACCAUGUCAUCCCUGCAGCCUUGAACCCCAUUGUUUAUGGAGUGCGCACCCAGGAGAUCAAACAAGGAAUCCAGAGAUUACUGAAGAAGGGAUGGUAG